AUAAUUAUCUGUAUCUUUUAUAAAAAAAAUAUUUCAUAAUUAUCUACCAUUUAAAACGUUUGAUCUUCAAAUUUUAAAUAACAUCAACUUAAAUCUAUUUAUCUUAAUAAAUGAAUGCUAACGCCAAUAAAAAUAAUAAACAAAGAGAUUAUUAUUAUAUAAACAGCAUUUGAUUCUGAUAUGAUAUUAUUGUGAUUAUAGAAACUAAUUAAAGACGGUAUGAGUUCUUCUAACUCACAAUCCCAAAAGAUUUAUGGCUCACCAUGUGCAUCAUGUAAAUUUCUAAGAAGAAAGUGCGAUGUAGACUGCAUUUUCGCCCCCUAUUUUCCAGCAGACCAACCUCAAAAAUUCGAAGUUGUGCAUAGGAUUUACGGCGCAAGUAACGUCUCUAAAAUUCUCAAGGCAUCGAGGUAUGAUGAGCGAGAAGAAACUGUCAAGUCUCUUGUCUUUGAGGCAGAGGCUCGGCUGGAAGAUCCUGUGCAUGGUUGCGUUGCCUUUAUAGCAGGUCUUCAGCAGAGGCUUCAAAGGCUUCAAACUGAACUCGCCAUCGUUCAACAACAGCUUUUGUCUUACAUGGCAUCACAGCUUCCGCCAAACUCGUCUUACAUGGCAUCAGAGCUUCCACCGAACUCGUCUUAUAUGGCAUCAGAGCUUCCGCCAAACUCGUCUUAUAUGCUAUCAGAGCUUCCGCCAAACUCGUCUUACAUGGCAUCAGAGCUUCCACUGAACUCGUCUUAUAUGCUAUCAGAGCUUCUGCCAAAGUGGCCACGUGAAUCUUCCUUGAGUCAACAACCAAUGAUGGAGGAUCAAUCAUCAUGUCGACGGGUUGAUGGCUAUGGUACUACUAAUUACUACGGAAUAAACACUGAUGACGACAAACGACAUGUAGUACGUCAACACCCAAUAACGACGGAGCAGGUGCUGCCGGCGACAGAGCAGCCACCGUCUAAAGAUAGUACGGAUUUUUAGGGUUUUAUUUAUUUAUUUACAUAUUUUCAAAAAAGUUUGUUUUCAUUUGGUUGAAUUAUUUCAUUUG